AUGGGGGUGAUCAAAAAACCAUCACUUCGUGAUUAUUGGAGCACAGACCCCAUGCUCUUGACACCAUUUUUCAGGUCUUUGUUUUCACAGGACCACUUCCUUCUGAUCCUCUGGUGUCUAUACUUCACAAACAAUGUGACAGCUGUUUUCAACGACCCUCUGGAAAAAAUCAGAAAUGUAUUUACUGCUCUAACCUCCUCCUUUCGUCACAUUUUUGUGCCAUACAGGGAUCUUUGUGUGGAUGAGUCUCUGAUGAAGUGGAAAGGCAGGCUGGCAUUUCGUCGGUUCAUUCCAUCUGAACGGCAAAGAUUUGGGGUAAACUUUUUUGUUUUGUGUGAUGUGCUUACUGGUUAUGUGCAGGAUAUGAUCAUUUACUCCGGAUCUACCAGUGACAUCCAACAUUACCCAGGACUUGAAAUUUCUGGGUCUGUCGUAAUGACACUACUGGCACCUUACUUAAGGAAGGGUCAUGUCCUUUAUGUGGACAAUUGGUACAGUAGUCCCACACUUUUCCAGCACCUCUUGUCUCUUGACACUAGAGCUUGUGGGACUGUGCAUGCAAACCGGAGAGGAAUGCCAACAUUUACCUGUAGGAUGGCAAAGGGUGAGGUGGAAUUCAAGGAGAAUGGAUCGCAGUUGGCAGUCAAAUGGCAUGACAAGAGGGAUGUUCAUGUCCUCACCACAGUCCACCCAACUGGUAUGGCAGCCACAGGGAAGCUUGAUCACAUCACUGGUCAAGCAAAGAUGAAGCCAGUCUGUGUGCUGGAGUACAACAAAAAGAUGGGGGCAGUUGACAAAGCUGACAUGAUGACUGGCUUUCUUGAAUGUACCAGAAAGUCUACAAAGUGGUAUAAGAAGAUCUUCUUUCACCUACUUGACAUGGUUUUGCUCAACAGCCACAUUGUCUACUGGCAAAUUACUGGAAAGGAAAUCACCUCCCUGCAAUUCAGGACAAACCUGAUGAGAGGGCUGCUGAAGGAGUACAGCACAUUACGGUCUCCAUCCAAAGGAGGACGUCCUGCCUUAGACACUCCUCUGCACCUUACAGCCAGGCAUUUCCCAUCUGAAGUCAGUUUGACGGCAAGUCCCGGUCGCUGUAAUGACAUUAGAAAGUAUUACUAGUGGAAUAUUUCACCACCAAAUUAAAUAUCUGGUAUGCUGUGUCUUGACUUAUCUGUUUUGUUUAGCCAUUAGUGUUACUCUUUAAUUGUACAUUGAGUUUCACUGUCAUGAAUUAUCCUCAUUUGUAAAUUUUGCUUGCCUUUUAUACGGUAUGCAUUGUUUGAUUCUUUGCUAUUUAGUAAGGUGUCAUUUUGAUUAGGAUUUUACAGUGUAUUAAAAGGGAAACCAUUGUGUGAAUGAUUGUUAUUUGUCCCACAUAGUGACAAUGUCAACAACAAAAAGAUCAAAUAUUGAGGUUGAAAGAUUUAUCCACCAGGUGUCCCUGGUCCUACAAUCAUCGGAGACAAGUUACUUUACUGCAUUACUGCAGGAGGCUGGCCGAAACACCAGAGAUGCUGUGUUUGAUUCACAACAACAUUUUUAAAUGUGUAGAGAAAAACCAGUAAGUGACAGAACUAUGUUCUUAGAUUUGUCAACUUAAACAUGCUUUGUAAAGCAAUGAUCAUCUUAUGAUUUUAAAACAACAUAUUGACAUUGUCAUCUAUUAACAUGCCAAAUUUCAAGAAACAUGUUUUAAUGUGUAAUAGUAUUUUCUAAUGUGUAAUAGCAGGUUAUUCUACUUUAAACUGCUCGGGUCAAGUGGAAUUGCAGUAACUGUGUCUUGCAGGAGUCCGGUGAAACUCAGUGGAGUUACUUUAACAUCCUCUGUCCAAAAUCCAGGCAAAGAUGAUGUAAUUGUAAAUCACUUUAGCAAGCUCUCCAUUAUUCGUAAUGCAACAUUUGCAUUUGAUGAUGGCCUCAAGGUCAACACAACAACACAAAAUCGAAUUGACAUCACCACAGAGAUCCAGGAAUUUCAAAGGGGGAGUUUUGUCUUUUCAUUCUAAGUGUUGAGGUUUUUUAGAUGUUACAGCAAUAUAUUAGGGAUAUGAGGUUUAAUUUCUUUAAUGUAGUGAGGUCUGUGUUGAUCAAGCAUUUAUCUUGUUUUUUUCUGUUUUUGUCACAGGUGAUUGUGCAGGUGAAAGUAGUCAAACUCUUUUUUGAGAAGGAGUUGCACUAGAAGCCACCAGAAAAUAAAACGCAAAAGUUAUUCUGUUGCUGACAUAACCUCUAGUGUACAUUUAACAAUAUGGGGUGAAAAUAAAGUUAACAUUGGAAAAUAGUACAAGGUGCAGAAUGUGUCUGUGAGGCAAUUUGAUCAGAAAGUGUGUCUGGCAACUUUGCUUCCACAAUCCUCCAACACUUUAAACUCAAUUUGCAUUGUUGAUAUCGUUCAGUCUGAUAGUUUGAGCGUUCAGUUGUGGUUGAAAUUAUUGACGCUGAAAGUCAAACGUAUGUGUCCCAAGAACCAUGUGAUGGAGAGACCUUAAUGAAUCAUUGUAUGCAAUGUGACCAUAUCUGUAAAA